UCCCCCAGCCCGCACCUUCUCCUGGUAUCUCCCCCAGCCCGCACCUUCUCCUGGUAUCUCCCCCAGCCUGCAGCCAGGUCGGUCAGCUCCUGGUGCCUGUGGGGGUUAAUCAUCCCCCCGUCUGCUGGGAUAGAUUGGGCAGCCCAUUGCUGGGGACCUUCCCCUGGAAGCGCUGCCUGGGAGCUGUCCCUCCCCCAGUGCUGAACUGGCUGCAUCUGACACUCUCCAUCAGAGCCAUUUGUGAGGAGGCAGCAGCCGGGGAGCCGGGAUUAGAGGAUUACUGCGGGACAUGUGGCUGCAUCCUCCGCUGCGUCCUCUGCACAGUGUGUCGGGCUGUGUGUGACAUUGUGUCAGGGGAACAAUAGCCUCGUCCAGCUGCUCCCAAACAGGGACCCUCAGCUGCUGCUCAAUGAGGGGCUUCUCUCAUCACCCUAUGCACAAAAGGGAGAAAAGUUUUGGUAUACAAAUGCUUUCAGUCCAGCCAGACACCAAGCCGAAAGGUUGUGCUGGCUGCAACCGUAAGAUUAAGGACCGCUACCUCCUAAAAGCCUUGGAUAAGUACUGGCAUGAAGAUUGCCUGAAGUGCGCCUGCUGUGACUGCCGGCUGGGAGAAGUGGGUUCCACCUUAUACACUAAAGCCAACCUCAUCCUUUGCCGACGGGACUACUUGAGGUAA